AUGGAAGCUUGUCAAGCCGUUGAGGCUGAAAUUGAAAAGCUAUUAGCCAAAUAUAAUAAAUUUGGACCAAAAUGGCAAUAUCAAUUGCAAAGAUUUAUUUCAACACUAGAACGAUAUAAAAGAGAAAUUGACAGUAACAGUGGUGAAAUAGACAAAUGUGCAAUAUCAUCUACAAUUUUACAAAUGAAACUUGCUGUUAAAGACAUAUCUAAUGAACAUCGUCGAUGGCAUAGUGAUGUUUCAAGAAUAGGGAAGACUAUUGACAAAAAUUUUGUUGCCGAUUAUACAGAAGCCAGUAAUAAAAAAGUGUUUAAAACUGAUCAAGAAAAAGAAUUACUCAAUAAAAUAAUUUGUAUGCAUUUAUUUAGAGAUUCUAAAUGGGAAGUUGCUGAAGAAUUUUUGAAAGAGACUGGUAUCUCAGUUGAUGAUGAACAAAAACAACGUUAUUUAAAUUUAAAUCACAUUGUUGAUAGUUUAAAACGCCAGGAUCCAACACCAGCUUUUGAAUGGGUUCAGCAGAAUAAGGCCCAAUUGGAUGCCAAAAAGUCAGAUUUGGAAUUUAAAUUGCAUCAAAUUGUCUUUUUAGAUAUUCUUAGUCGUGAUCAGUAUGAAGCAGUUGUUUAUGCUCGUGCACACUUUAAUCGUUUUGUUGAAAAACAUGGAGAUAUCCAAUCUACAAUGGGUAUGAUAUUAUUUCCUCCUAAUCUCGCAAAAAUGCGUUCUGACGUUAUAGACUUGUUUAUAAAAGAUUCUUGUCUUGGAGAUGAUGAUUUGUUGAGUGUAUGUGUAAAUGUUGGUUGUUCAGCAUUACCAGCUUUAUUGGAUAUUAAACAAGCAAUUUGUCGAGAUGUUGGAGGAGUUUGGAAUGAAAAUGAUGAACUACCAAUCAAAAUAGAUACAGGUUUCGCAUAUCAUUCAGUAUUUGCUUGUCCAAUAUUACGAACAAGGUGUGGUUCAUCCAACCCACCUAUGAUGUUGGUAUGUGGUCAUGUUAUAUCAAAAGAUGCACUAAAUAAAUUGGAACGAUCUGGUAGAUUGAAAUGCCCAUAUUGUCCUAAAGAACAACUUCCAUCAGAGGCUAGACAAAUACAUUUUUAA